UGUCUCCUCCCCUUUCCAGCUUCAAACCUUGGUACCUAGAGGAAUGCUCCUCCACACUCGCCACCACCUACAGCUCUGGCACGCCCGGUCACGAUAAGAGUGUCGCUACCGUCGACAUGGAUGGCCGCCUACGCCCUGAUCACAUUUGCACCGUCGAACACACCGGUACCUCGGCUUCAGCGCCACUUGCCGCCGGUAUAUGUGCACUUGCUCUGGAAGCAAAUCCCAAUCUUACCUGGCGUGACAUGCAAUACCUCGUAGUGUACACAUCGCGUCCGGGUCCUUUGGAAAAGGAAAGCGGCUGGAUUUUGAACGGCGUCAAGCGAAAGUACAGCCACAAGUUCGGUUAUGGUCUUAUGGAUGCUGGCGCUAUGGUAAGCUUGGCUGAACAGUGGACCACCGUGCCGCCACAGCACAUUUGCAAGUCGCGCGAAAACAAUGAGGAUCGCAAGAUUGAAGGCACUUACGGAUACACGCUGGCCACUCAUAUGGAUGUGAAUGGCUGUGCUGGCACCAUUAACGAAGUGCGCUAUCUGGAGCAUGUGCAGUGUCGCAUAACGUUGAGGUUUUUCCCACGCGGCAAUCUGCGCAUCUUACUCACAUCGCCCAUGGGUACUACGAGUACGCUAUUGUUCGAGCGACCGCGGGACAUUGUCAAGUCGAACUUUGAUGACUGGCCUUUCCUGAGCGUGCACUUUUGGGGCGAGAAAGCGGAGGGCCGCUGGACAUUGCAAGUUAUUAAUGGCGGACGACGGCGUGUCAAUCAACCAGGCAUACUAUCCAAGUGGCAGCUCAUCUUCUAUGGCACUGCAGUGCAACCGAUGCGCUUAAAGAGCGAUUUGAUGCAGCAGCAGAUGCGCGUUUCGGCGGGCGUCAAUCCCUACACCUAUCCAACUGAGUCGGAUUUGGGCCAGCCCACAAAUGAUGGUGGUUACUAUAAUGCCGAUCAAUUUGCCGGCUAUCUGAAUUAUCAGAAUCUUUUUACUGGUGCCGGUUCGAAUCCAGAACAAGCUGUGGCUACUGUAGACGGUCACAAUAUACCAACACCACAACGGCAAAAUGUGAUGGCCGACUCGAAUAAUAAGCUUGUGCUGCACGAUUGUGAUCCAGAAUGCGAUUCGCAGGGUUGCUAUGGCCGUGGUCCGACUCAGUGUGUGGCCUGCAAGCACUACCGCCUGGACAACACCUGUGUUAGCCGCUGCCCACCGCGCUCCUUCCCCAAUCAAGGUGGUGUAUGCUGGCCCUGCCAUGAAUCUUGUGAAACCUGUGCGGGCGCCGGACAAGACAGUUGUCUCACUUGUGCACCUGCGCAUCUGCAUGUCGUUGAUUUGGCUGUGUGUUUACAAGUCUGCCCAGAUGGAUACUAUGAAAACUAUGACAACAAAACUUGUGUACCAUGUGAGGCUAAUUGCGCUUCGUGUCAGGAUCGGCCCGACUAUUGUACCAGCUGCGAACACCAUUUAGUUAUGCACGAACAUAAAUGCUACUCUGCUUGUCCUCUACACACCUAUGAAACUGAAGAUUACAAGAUGCAAAAUUAUUGCUGUUAAAAAGGGAUCUACCCAGAUAGGAAAAUUGCCAGACAUCUGUUAGAUAUCCCUCGGACUCGAAGUCUCGAACUUACAUGGGAAAUUCUAACUUAAUUGCCGACGAUUCUGACCAAUAUAUAUCUGAAUUAUUUUGUGAUGAGUCUAA